AUAGAAAUCACCCGGAACACAUAAAGUCUUAGGAAAAGCAGCCCUAAGCCUCAGAUUAGCUUUAGUUUGUGCCACUUGUCAGCUUGCUAUUAAUGUAUGUUAAAGCGGUGUUGCAGUUUGUCAUUGAAACGUGACUGAAACCACGUACAGCUGUCCUAAAACUCCUAAACUAUCCGAGCGGCAAACAUCACAUCUAAUUACCGUUUCAAAACAGACUUAACCCGUUUUCAGUCGAAACUCAAUUUUUCAUCCAAGGCGUCUAAUUAUUACGGUUUGAUAAGACUUAAUUUUUUAGCAUUUAAAAGCUAAUCGAGAUGUUUAAUUGCACGUUUUGACACUUUUUGAACGACUGUAACUCAGAGUUAGCGCCUCAGUAAACCGAAAGCGGAAGUGAUGGUGGCAUUUCUCUCUCACUCCAGGAUUAAUGAUAGUUAUUUUGAAUGAAGGAGUCGCUGAGCUGCUGUAGAUGCGCGUUUAGUGAACGUUAAUUAUUACUGGUGGUGUUAAAAGUUAUUCCAUGGACACACUUUUAUUUAUUUGAGCUUGUUUGUGAUUAAUUUGUAGUUUUUGUAACUGAAUGCCGGCGCUUGCUAGCUAGCUGCUCACUGAGCCUGUGUGGGCUCUUUGGUGUUUUUAGGUCUCAUCAUUUAACGUCAACUUGUUUAAGGUGGCGUUUAAAUGGCUGCAGCAGCAGGUUAGUGAAGUAUGCGAGAACUAUAAAAUGUUUAUUGUGUUUCACAUGUAGCCGCAGGGGUCUGCGCUCACAGGGAUGAACAACGGAAGGCUGGAAGUCAAAAUAAAACGAGUCUGUCAGAGGAAGAGGGCGAGAGACCACCUGAAAGCUCACCUGACACCUGCCAGGAAGAGGGGAGGGGCUAUCUGUUCCCCGCUAUGCAACUCCAACAGGAGGAUCAGCAGCAUCAUGGCUGAAAGCAGAACUGUGGAGUAUUGCAGCGACAGCGAGGAUUUAUUCGGCGACUAUGACAGCAUCUUAGGGGAUUCGUCUGUCCUGGCAAAACUGGAUGAUGCCGAGCAAAAUGAAAGGCUUCGAGGGGUGGAGCAACAACCAGAAGACGAGGAUGUCCUCUCAGACUCCAUUCUGGACGACCUUGGAGAUGAACCCUUCGAGGACCUACCGGCCAGCCAGCUGCAGUUUAGGGAGGAAGUUCAGGAGAAGGCGAAGAGAAGCCGACUCCAGGACAGAGACAAAACCUCAACGCCUUUCAGAGGACUAGCAAACGGAGAGGGUCCACCCAAGAGACCAGCCGGAGCGAGGAGGAGCGUUGCCGACCAGCUGAAGAGGACGAUGCUUGGCAACGCAGCGGCUCCUUCUGCCGUUUCACGGACAGUGAUGCUGAAGGAGGCGGUGGUUUCUGAGGAGAUAAACGUCGCCAUGCAGGCCAUGGAGACUGUCUCUGCUGACAUGCCUGACCUUGGGCCAUUCUUUGGGCUUCCAAGCAAAGUGAAGGAACUGAUGUUUAAACUGAGAGGAAUCCAGAGUUUGUAUGACUGGCAGCAGACGUGUCUGAACUUGGACUGUGUUCAGCAGAGGAAGAAUCUGAUCUACUCCCUUCCCACCAGUGGUGGGAAAACUCUAGUGGCAGAGAUCCUUAUCCUCAGAGAACUGCUGUGCAGGAGGAAGGACUGUCUGUUCAUCUUGCCCUACAUAUCGCUGGUGCAGGAGAAGGUGCGUGGUUUAGCAAGCUUUGGUCUGGAGCUGGACUUCAUGGUGGAGGAGUACGCUGGCAGCAAGGGCAGGUUUCCUCCCGUGAAGAGAAGAAACAAGACGUCCCUUUACAUCGCAACCAUAGAGAAGGCUCACAGCCUCGUCAACUCUCUGAUAGAGAGCAGCAGGCUGGAUAACCUUGGACUGGUGGUGGUUGAUGAGCUUCACAUGCUGGGUGACGGCAGCAGAGGGGCCAUUAUAGAAAUGACUCUGGCCAAAGUUCAAUAUGUGAGCAAAACAACUCAGAUAAUAGGAAUGAGCGCCACUCUGGGGAAUAUCAAAGACCUGCAGACGUUUCUGAGGGCUGAAAAUUACACGAACAACUUCAGGCCUGUUCAGCUGAAGGAAUUCGUCAAACUGCACGACACCAUCUACGAGGUGGACCCAAAAGAAGAGAACUGCUUCAGGUUCUCACGUCUUCUUAACUUUAAAUACUCGAGCACGAUGCAGAAGAUCGACCCGGAUCACAUCAUCGCUCUGGUGACCGAGGUCAUCCCAGCGCACUCGUGUCUGCUCUUCUGUCCCACCAAGAAGAACUGCGAGAAUGUGGCGGCGAUGAUCUGCAAAUAUCUGAAAGAGGACUUCUUGCGGCACCGCGAGGAGGAGAAGGGCGUCCUCCUCAGGGAGCUGCGGGACAGCGGGAAUGGCUCGUUGUGCCCGGUGUUAAAGGUCACUGUGCCGUAUGGCGUGGCGUACCACCACAGCGGGCUGACAUCCGAGGAGAGGAAACUGGUGGAGGAGGCCUACUCCAGCGGGGUCCUCUGCCUCCUCACCUGCACCUCCACCCUAGCUGCAGGGAUCAACCUACCUGCUCGCAGAGUGAUCCUGCGCUCGCCGUACAUAGCCACAGACUUCCUGAAGAGGAGCCAGUACAAGCAGAUGGUCGGACGAGCCGGCCGAGCGGGGAUCGAUUCGGUGGGCGAGAGCAUCCUGAUCCUGCAGGAGAAGGACAGGAACAUGGCUAAAACACUGGUGUGCGCGCCGAUGGAGAGCUGUUACAGCAACCUGAUGCACGAUGAUGGAAAAGGCCUCCUGAGCCUCGUCCUGUCCCUCAUUGGAUUAAACAUCACAUCAUCCGUGGAGCAGCUGCAGGACUUCCUGCAGGGAACGCUGCUGUUCGUGCAGUGGCAGCAGCUGUGUGUGGGGAGGAGCCUGCUGGAGGCAGUGCAGCAGUGCGUGGAUGUCCUGAAGGAGAAAGAGCUCAUCACAGUAGACUCGCACAGUCAGAGUCUGCGGGUCACCAAGCUGGGAAAGGCUACGUACAAAGCCUCGGUGGAUCUGACUUAUGCUGAGGUCCUCUACAAAGACCUCUCCAAAGGCCUGGAGUCUCUGCUGCUCAACAGCUACCUGCACCUGGUCUACCUGGUGACCCCGUACGACCUGAUUGAUCAGUGCAAACCUGACUGGAUGAUCUUCUUCAGGCAGUUCACACUGUUGUCUGUGGCUGAGCAGAAGAUGUCAGCUGCUGUUGGCGUGCCUGAGAGUUUCGUGGCAAGAAAAGCUGCAGGACAGACAGUAAAGAAGGGCGUGCACUUGGCGGCGGUGAGGAGGAUGUACCUCGCUCUUGUUCUCUUCUCGCUGCUGAAGGAAACGGACGUCUGGAGCGUCUCCGAGCGUUUCCAGCUGAGCCGUGGCUUCGUGCAGACGCUGCUCGGCUCCGCCUCUGCCUUCUGCUCCUGUGUGCUGCACUUUGCUGAGGAGCUCGAGGAGUUCUGGCCGUUCAGAGCGCUGCUCGCCGAGCUGACACGGCGCCUCAGUUACUGCGUGAAGGCGGAGCUUAUCCCUCUGAUGGAGGUGGCUGGAGUCCUGGAGUCCAGAGCAAAGCAGCUGUACGCUGCCGGCUACAAGACGCUGACUCACAUGGCGAACGCCGACCCAGCCGCUCUCUGCACAGCCAUCCAGAACCUGUACAGGAAACAGGCCAAUCAGAUCGUGGCCGCAGCCAAGAUGCUCGUGAGUGAGAAAGCCGCAGCUCUGCAGGAGGAAGUGGAUGAACUGCUGGCGCCGCCCUCUGACCUGCCACAGCUCUGACAUCUUCUCAGGAGUUCUACCCUCUUUGAACACUUCUGAUCUCACUGUUACAUCAUUUCUUAUUAAAGUAACUGGGAUGUCCUCGCCGUGUCUGUGCCAAAAGCUUCACUUCCUGUUCUCCUCACCUUCUUUCAGCCAUUCAUUGCGCUCUUAUUUUGUCGUCUGUACUUCUUGUUAUCACACUGAGAACGUGAAGGUCGUUUUUUCACGCGAGGAAACGUUAAAGGUCAUUUUCUGCUCGUUAAAGGUUUCAGCUUCACCUGAGCAGUGUGAGUGUGUCAGGUGAGCUCAAGUGAGUCUGUUUCAACCUCAGGUGCCAUCAGCAGGAAGCUGUCAGCUGUUUUUGCCAUGACAUCAUCAUGUCUUCACCUCCGGAGCACACAGAAUAUGUCAGUUGAUGGAGGCGACCUGCACCUGAUGGUUCACUGCUUUGAGAAAAUGACUCAUUACUGCGACUUUUCUCAUUUUAGUAAAUUUUAAACAUUAAAUAUUUAAACUUUAUUUUCUGUCUGUGUUUUUUGGGCAUUUAUUUAUUCUGAAAACUGAAAAUAAUUUGUCUGCUACAUCAGACAGCUGACCUACCAAAAUAAAAGCAUGUGUGUCAUCAAAUAAAAAAUGUGUAAUCUGUUU